AUGGCACCCGCCGAACAACCAAAAUACCUCGGCAUAACCGACCCCAUCUCCGUCAGCCCGCCCACGGAGGCGGAGGAGGCAGCCACAGUCGCUAUGAUGGAGGAGCUGCAUAGGCAGGGCGUCUUUGAGAGCGCCGAGGACUCCAAGCGAAGAGAGCUGGCCCUCGACCGAAUAUCCGCCCUCACCAAAAAGUUCGUCCAGAAAGUCACCAUCGCCCGCGGGCUGUCCGAGGUGACAGCCCGAAAUGCGGGAGGGAAAGUGUACACCUUCGGCUCCUACCGCCUCGGCGUUCACACUCCCGAGUCCGACAUUGACACCCUCUGCGUCGUCCCCAAGCAUGUCUCGCGCGAAGAUUUCUUUGACGUCUUCGAGCCCAUGCUCCGAGAGUCCCCAGACGUGACGGAAGUCGCGGGGAUCCCCGAAGCAUACGUUCCCAUUAUCAAGAUCAAGAUGUUCGGUAUCCCCAUAGAUAUCCUUAUGGCCCGACUAGCCCUCUCCUCAAUCCCAGAAGACCUCUCAUUACAAGACAGCAAUAUUCUACGAAAUCUAGACGACAGAUGUGUGAGAAGUUUGAACGGCUAUCGCGUCACCGACGAGCUGCUACGCCUAGUACCAAACGUUGACGUCUUCCGAGACGCUUUGCGAUGUAUCAAGCUCUGGGCACAGCGCAAAGCGAUCUAUUCUAACGUGAAUGGCUUCCCCGGCGGAGUAGCCUGGGCGAUGCUCGUCGCCCGUGUAUGCCAACUGUACCCUAACGCCAACGCUGGAACCGUUGUCGGCAGGUUCUUCCCUAUAAUGCACCAAUGGCCAUGGCCCGCGCCGGUCAUACUAAAGCAUGUUGACGACUUACAAAUGGGUCAGCGGUCAUGGAACCCGAAGCUCUUCCCGGGUGAUCGCGCCCAUCGAAUGCCUGUAAUCACGCCCGUAUAUCCUGCCAUGUGUGCGACACACAACGUAUCUGUAUCAACAUUCGCAAUAAUUGAGGAGGAGUUGAGGAGAGGGACCAAGCUCAUGAACAGCAUCAUCCUUGGGUCAAGCAAGUGGUCUGAGCUCUUCGAGAAGCAUGAUUUCUUCCACAAGUACCGAUAUUUCCUGCAAAUUAUCGCCUCCACGGCUAGCGCGGAAGCGCAGCUCAUGUGGGCACCCAACGUCGAGGCCAAGAUCCGACAAUUGGUAUCGAAGCUCGAGCUUGUUGAGUCGUUGACGCUUGCGCAUCCCUUCACCAAAGGCUUUGAGCAAGUGUUCUACUGCAUGAACGACGAUGAGAUACGGUCUGUUGCGCAAGGCGAGGUCCCGGAUGUCAUCGCAAGACGAAGACCGCAGGAUAUCGAGGGGGUGGAGAGUGGAAGUAAAGUGUACUCGACGACAUUUUAUAUUGGUUUGGCCAUUGAGCCUAGGCCCGUGGGCGCCAUUGGGACGCGAAGAUUAGACAUCUCGUAUCCUACUACCGAGUUCACCAAGGUGGCCAAGAUGUGGGAGCGGUUCGAUGAGGCGACCAUGGGCUUGGUCGUACGGCAUAUCAAAAGCUCUGCUUUGCCGGACUACGUCUUUGAACCUGGCGAACGUCAACCGCGGUCUGCGCAGAAGCGGGUGAAGGUGCGGUCAUCGUAUCCGGUCAACGAGAACUCGUAUCCGACCAAUGGCGAGCUUUCGUACGCGACGAACGGUGAACGAUCGUAUACGAACGGCAAUGGUCAGCUUCACGGAAAUGGCCAGCUACCCGCCAAUGGUCAAUUUUCGAGCAAUGGCCAGCACUACCCCAUGAAUCACCACGUUCCCUCCGUUACCGAUCAUCUCCCCCUCAAGACCUCCGACAAUGGCGUCUCGCCGAUCGUCCUUACGCCUGUCUCCGAGAGCGGCCCCUACCCGACCAAGGACAUUCCUGAAGUCAGGACGCCCCAGCUACCAUUUGGCGAGAAUGUCAAGCUCGCAGCCGGCAUUGCUCCAUAG